GACUACGCGUAUCACGUGAUCUGAAAAUCAACUUCGUACCGCUUUGAUUGCAUUCGACGGUGACAGGACCGACCACCAAGAAAAGCUGGAAAAAGGACUCAAAUAAUGGAGACCAGUUCCAGUGCCCCUCAGCUGAGGUCAUUUUCUCUCCGUGAUGGGGUUAUUUUGGUGAUCCUGUCUCUAAUGGCAACCUAUCUCUUGAGAGUGCAGCAUAGCUUUGAACUUGUUCCCUCUUGGCGGUACGAGGUCAGCACUGGUUUCUACGAGGAGAGCAUGAAUACCCGCACCCUGAAAAAAUUGCCUGUUCCGUUAGUAGCUGAUAUUGAGAGUGAUGGGAAAAAUGAGAUCUUACUGGCAACGAAAGAUUCUUCGCUGCUUCUUCUCAAGACCUCUAAACCUUCACCAGGGUCCAAGGCUCUACCUUAUCUCAACACUCUUGAUGAAUUCUCUCUGCUCUCAAAUGAAGCAGAUAUAGCUGGAGACAAGAAACAAGCAGUUGCUAUGGCGACAGGGUACUUGGAGCCUCUGACUUCAGAUCAUCAAGUUCGGAAGCAGGUCGUUGUUGUUCUGUGUGCUGAUUGGACCGUGGUGUGCCUUGAUAAUGAUUUCAAAUUACUUUGGUCAAUAAAGCUUCCAAAUACAACCUGGAGUCAUCAGUAUGUCAUCAGCGAGGCGGCCAUCUUGAUUCUUCCCCAUAGCCUGCAAGCUAACGAUGGUGGACUAGUGAUCAUUGGUGGAAGGCUUGCAGAUAAACUUGCACAUGCAACACUCAAACACAGUCAUGAUGGUCACGAAUUCAAUGGUGCUAACAAGGAGAGCGAUUCAAACCAUGAUGUAGGCCAUUUCUCGACCUUUGCUCUAUCCGGUCGCCAUGGUGAUGUAAGAUGGCAUCAUCUUCCGGGUGAUUUUGGAGAGGAAACAAACACAGAAGAGGAGCUGUUCCAAGGAUUCCAUUUUAAGCUGAAUUUGAAGAGAGGUUGGGGUCAUCAGGGUGAGCUUGGAUGGAACCAGUACAACCAGGCUCUCAUCAAGCAAAUGCCUUUCCGCUGGCAGUCUAGCGUGGACACUAAGAUUGACAUUGCAGCGUUCCGCAAGGAUGGGGUUAGAAAGAGUGUAGAAAAGGAUGAACAUAUUCUGUCAGUUUCAUCUUUCUUGACAUCAAGCUUUGAAGAGCACAUUGCUGGCCAUCAUUUUGGAGGUCUUCCGCCACACUCGGCAUCAGAACACAUCAAGAAUCCUAACGCUGUUAUCAGCCAUUCUCAACAGGGCAUAGAGGUCUUAGAACUGAAGACUGGGCGACCUUUGACCCGGCUUGACCUUUCAUCCGAUGCAACAUAUGCUGACAUUGACAAAGAUGGUACUGUUGAUCAAGCAAAAGCCUUAUUCACUGAUGCAGGGAGCAAAGACAAUUGUCAGGCUGUUGUAAAGACUGGACAUCCUCCCCACUCUAUACUGUACAAUGGAUCCAUUUGCUAUCCAUCCUCCGUCUGGGCAGCAUUAUCAUACCCAUUGGCAUAUGCUCUUGGGAAAUCAGAAAUAAAGGAAAAUCAAGAACUUAGUUUACGACCUUUGGUUGUCAAAAGUGUUGCUAAGCGCCGUGGUGUGAUCAGUCACCUGCUUGGCCUGUCAAUGUCCAAGGCUGGAAUGGAUACCAUCUUCACGGUCAGUACGGGUCAGGUGACUAGCUAUGGACCUCAAGGACAGUUCAACUGGCAGGUAUCAACAUCUGCUGAGUGGAGUGAGCGGUACAUUGUAAAGAAGUUCAAGGGUCAUGUAUAUCAAGAUCUCCAAGAUAUGUACCAUGGAGCCUUUUUACCCAGUAUACAGCCGCUCUCUAUCCAGGAGUUUGGACAACAGUCAGCAGCGGUGAUCGCAGGUUGGGAUAACGUUGUUCUCCUAUCUUUAGAAACGGGCAAUGUCCUAGCGGAGCAUUCGUUACCAUGCCAACCGACUGCUCCUGUGGUCAUUGGUGAUUUUAAUGAUGAUGGAUUGAACGAUGUCAUAGUCCAGUGCUCUCAUAGUUACCUUGGAUUCUCCAUCCAACGAUACUCUGGUUACUGGGUGACGGCAUUCAUUGGUCUAGCUGUGGUUGUCAUAGUAACAACCCUCGCAGCCACAUGCACCCCCAAGGAGCUAACUAUAGAGGGGGCUCUUUAUGGAGAUGAACAUGAGAGCUGACAGGACAGACUUUGUAUCAAGAACCGAAGAUGAUAUAUUUCACUAGUUAGCUGUGCUAGCAACUAUUUAUUUCUAAAGUUUCCUGCCUUUUGCAAUACUUUUGAUAAUGAACAGUAUUUUGUAUUUAUAUAUUUAUUGUAAUGAAUCAGUGGUAAUUAGUACUAUUGCAAUAAUCAAUUGAUGCGGUGAAAAAAAUAAACAUUUGUUAUUAUUUCUAUAAAAAUAAAUUUGUAUUACUCAAGAAAUUUUCAAAUCAGUUGAAUUCCACAAAAAUAUUUAUUUGUCAAAUAUCUGGAAAAAUAAAAAAGGGAUGAAAAAGUAAAACCCUGCCAACAUUUUUAGAAGAGAAGUCUUGCAAGCUGUACUUGAGAUUGAUAAUAAAUAUGGAAAUAAAAUGUUUUGUAAAAUGAAA